AUGGCUACACUCAAAUCCCGCGAGACUGCGAGGCUUCCAUGGGUAAAUGCUGCGUCCUUUGGAGUGCAAACACUGUUGACUUGCAUCGGGCUGGCGGUAGGGGAUGCAAACGACGUGCGUGUGCAGAACGACACGCUCUUGACCCCCGCAGCAUUUGCUUUCUCUAUCUGGAAUGGCAUCUACCUGCUUUGCAUGAUUUUACUUAUUACCGACGUAUCGUACACUGGAUUGACACUCUACGACUCGGCCGCAAAGCCCAACACGCUGCGGCUAUGCUUCGCCGCCUCUUGUGUAGCCAACGGGUCGUGGUGCAUCGCACUCGCUAGUGGGAACGUGCCGGUUGCCAGUGUGUUGGUGUCACUAUUGUGGCUGACGCUACUACCGCUUUAUAUCUUUGCCAGCUAUGAACGCAAUGUCCAGACGGUGUUAUGGCACGAGUAUCUGUGCAGUGAAUUGUGUGUGCGGCUGUACUUUGCUUGGAUCACAGUGGAAGUAGUGGUAAGCUGGACUAUGACGUUGCAGAUCAAGGACAAUGAUGGUGUGCUUCAAUUGUCGGCGUAUCUUACACUCCUAGCUGUACUGGUGGUAGUAGCGUUGGCAGGACUUUUCCAUGGUCGGGACCCUAUCAUGGCUCUCGUGGUGGCAUGGGCACUCAUCAGUAUCACCUCAAAGGACGUCGCCAAACUCGACAUUACAGUCUUCCACGAGUUUGAAAAGGUGCAAGCUGCAGCAACCCUUGGCGCUGGGAUAUUAGUGGCUGAAGUUCUUGUAUCCUGUAGCUACUGGACGAUUAAAUUGAUCUGCAAACUCAAGCCACUAUCCCCCCGCCCAAGACGACUAUCAAGACUUUCUCAAGCCUCUUCCAAGGACAAGGAAUACGGCUCCUUCCGAGUCAUGACAGCUGCAUAA